GUUCUAUCCUCCUUAUCCAGCUAUGUCAUGAUCUUCCUGCUUGACGCCACACUGGGCAUGUACCUGAUCUCGAAGGGCCUUAAGCUGGUGGGUAAGCUCCAGACAAGCCGUAUCGUGGAGUGUCAGAACUGGAACCUCCUGGUGUUCGGAAAAUGCGGGGUCUCUUCCCAGGUCAAAGCCUGGCUUGGACAGUGUACCCUCUAUCUGAUUAUUACGGUCUGUGAAAAAAUGGUGAUCAUUGUCAUACUGCUGAUUCCAGGCUUGACAAAGUUUUCGAAGUUCCUGCUGAGCUAUAUCCCUUACCCCUGGUUGAAGCUGGCUAUCGUUAUGCUGAUUAUUCCCCUUAUAACGAACGUAAGUCCUCUGUGCUAA